AUUCAAAGAAUGAGACAAAUGACUAGAAGAUCCAACUUAGUUUCAAAUUUGAGAAUUUCUCGUCAACGAGAAAAUCUAUGAGCCUAGUGAUUAUGAGGAUUACUUACGAGAGCACCGGCUUUUUUUAGUAAAUAUAUGAGCCUAGUAUUCCAUAUUUGUUUCGAUUCGACCAAUCGAAAUCCAAGAAUGGGAACAAUAAUGAAUGUUUGUGUUUGUCUGGUCUUAUUAGCAGUUGCUUUUAAAGGUUUGAUGAAUGCAAAUGCAAUAGAUAAAUGGUCAGAGUUUGCAAUUAGUGAAGCCACCAUAGAGAACAUACAAGAAGCCUUCACCCGAAAGGACCUCACUUCAAGACAACUCGUUGACUUUUACUUACAACGAAUCGAGGCCCUCAAUCCCAUACUUAGCGCUGUAUUGGAAAUCAAUCCUGACGCGCGAGAUCAAGCGGACAAGGCUGAUUGCGAGAGACUAGAAGAUCACGACCGUUCGUUUCUACACGGGAUUCCUGUUUUGAUCAAGGACAGCAUCGCGACCUUUGAUAAACUCAACAAUACGGCGGGGUCGUAUGCAUUGCUUGGGUCAAAGGUUCCACGUGAUGCGCACGUGGUUUCUAAGCUCAGGGAUGCUGGUGCUAUCAUUCUUGGCAAAACUACUCUCUCAGAGUGGUAUGGGGUUCGUUCUACUGCUAUGCCAGAUGCUUGGUGCGCUAGAGCUGGAUUUUCUUUGAAUCCUUAUGUGAAAUCCAAAAGUCCAUGCGGGUCUAGCUCUGGAUCUGCUAUUUCAGUGGCAACUAACAUGGUUGCAGUUUCUCUGGGGACUGAAACAGAUGGUUCAAUUAUCUGUCCAGCUGAUCACAACUCAGUUGUGGGGAUCAAGCCAACUGUUGGACUCACUAGCAGGGCUGGUGUCAUACCAAUUUCACCUCGUCAAGAUACUAUUGGUCCAAUAUGUAGGACAGUCUCAGAUGCAGUUCAUGUGCUUGAUGUAAUUGUUGGGUUUGACCCUAGAGAUUCUGAGGCUACAAAGUCAGCAGCUCAGUUUAUACCUCCAGGUGGUUAUAAGCAAUUCCUCAAUAAACAAGGCCUCCAAGGAAAGAAAAUAGGUGUUUUGAGGGAUCCAUUUUUGAUUCCUUAUGAGGGUUCCGAUGUCAUUUCCAUCUUUGAGGAUCAUCUGAAUAUUUUGAGAGAAAGAGGUGCAACAGUGGUGGAUAAUUUGGAAAUAGAAAAUUUAAGCAUCAUUCUCAACCCUUUCCAAAGUGGUGAAAUGGUAACCUUACUUGCUGAAUUCAAGUUGUCCAUCAACAAAUAUCUGCAGGAGCUCAUAUAUUCUCCUGUGAGGUCUCUAGCUGAGAUCAUAGAAUUCAACAUCAAUAACCCUCAUUUAGAAAAGACUAAUGAGUAUGGGCAAGAUUUAUUUAUUGCAUCAGAAAUGACCAAUGGAUUUGGAAAAAGGGAAAUUGAGGCAAUGAAGAUGGUGGAGCAAUUGUCACAAAAUGGAUUUGAGAAGCUGAUGAAGAAGAAUCGAUUCGAUGCAUUGUUGACCAUAGGCAUCGAUGUUGCUCCAAUGCUGGCAAUUGGAGGCUAUCCUGCAAUAACUGUCCCAGCUGGGUAUGAUAGUGAAGGAAUGCCAUUUGGGAUAUGUUUUGGAGGGUUAAAGGGAACAGACCCAAAACUUAUUGAAAUUGCUUAUGACUUUGAACAAGCCACCCAGGCAAGGAAUCCACCCCAUCGCUUCUCAUUCACAUGAAGAAAUUUAAGGACAGUACUUGACUUGACUCAUGGUUUAUGGUGAUUGCACAUUUGAUCAAUAAAAGCACUAUACCAUUAUCAGAUAUUUAAUUAUUGUUGAUGCAUGUCUUUUUACCUUAUUUUUUGACACCAUA